AACAAGGACUGUACCGGGGGAAAGGAUUGGGCCCAGACUAGGAAGGAGUCUAGUCUGUGAAAGAAGCUUACUGGAACAUCUCUGAGGAAGUAAGCUGCUGAGCUCUUUGCAGAGCUGUGGAAAUGGGUCUGAACUCACAUGCUGCCUAUCUCUUCACUCUGUGGACCAGCCACCUGUUUCUCCUGACAGCUGGGCACUCGAGGGUGAAUCCUAGAAUUAUUACAGCUCCAAAAGGGGAGAGAUGCUUUCCGCUGGAGAAGCACGAGAAUCUCCUAACACUCUACCAUGAGGAGGGGAAUUCCUCUCUCUUGGUGGGAGCGGAGGGAAAGCUCUACUACUUCGACUUUGAGAGCUCCAGUAACCACACGGAGGACUUCCCGGAACAGGAUUCAGGAGCCUGCCAAAAACCAGAGGAGAAGAAGAACUACCUGACUUUCAUUGGCAAGUACCACGACAUGCUGUUGAUAUGUGGGACAAAUGCCUGCAAGCCCACCUGCUGGAACUUGGCCGAUCGGAAUAAAUCUGAAGUGGCUGCGCAGGGCUUGGCCCCUUUUGUGCCUAACCAGAACUCCCUGGUCCUUGUUGAUGAUGAAGCCAUCUAUUCCACCAUCAGCUUGCACCAGCACAAUGGGAAGAUACCCCGCUUCCGCCAGGUCCGAGGGACUGGGGAGCUCUACACCAGCGACACAGUGAUGCAGAAUCCAACAUUUGUGAAAGCCACUGUCAUCAAGCAAGAUGAGCGCCAUGAUGACAAGAUCUACUAUUUCUUUAGAGAAGACAAUCCGGACAAGAGUCCCGAGGCCCCGUUAAAAGUCUCCAGAGUGGCCCAGCUGUGCAAGGGAGACAAAGGGGGCACCAGCUCCCUCUCUGCUUCCAAGUGGACCACCUUCCUGAAGGCCACGCUGGUCUGCGUCGACCCGGCCACCAAGAGCAACUUCGACUUGCUGCAGGAUGUCUUCAUUGUCCCGUCAGACAAGAACUGGAGGGAAACCAGAGUGUAUGGACUCUUCUCUAACUGCUGGGGGUACUCUGCCGUUUGCGUCUACACCAUCGGUGACAUUGACACGGUGUUCCGGACAUCGAAACUCAAAGGCUACACUAAGGACAUGCCCCACAUCCGUCCUGGACAGUGCCCUUGGGGCAGAAAUCGUACCCCUCCUGAGACUUUCAAAAUAGCUGACCUCCACCCGGAGGUGGAGGAAAGAGUGCAGCCUGUUGCCCCAAGGAAUAGCCCCCUAUUCCACAGCAAGAAUCACUACCAGAAAAUCGGUGUGCACUGCAUCCAGGCGAGAGACGGACACACCUACAACGUCCUCUAUUUGGUGACAGACAAAGGGUAUAUCCACAAAAUGGUGGCAAUGCCGCACGGCGUCCUGAACGUCCUGGAGAUCCAGCCCUUUCAACAGCAAGCUCCCAUCCUGGCCAUGACCCUGGAUCAUAGCAGGGCAAAGCUGUAUGUGAGCUCGCCGACCGAGGUGGUCCAGUUGCCCAUGGACAUGUGCGAGGUAUAUAACAGGAGCUGCGAGAGCUGCGUCAUGGCAAAGGAUCCUUACUGCGGAUGGGCAGAUGGGAAAUGCGUCUCCAUUAAAACUAACCUGACAAUGCUACAGAAUGUGACCCUGGAGUCCUCACCGGAAAUAUGUACCCGUUCGGUCUUCAGACAGCAGGAAGUGGACAGCCCGGAGAGCUACCGGAACGUCACUGUGGCGCUCUUCUCCCGCUACUUCCUGCACUGCCCCACCGAAUCCCACGCCGCCACCUACAUGUGGCACCACAAUAGCAGCCGCAUCCAGAACUGCAGCUCCACCCACGGGCCCUGCAUCCACUUCAUCGAGAACAUGACCCACGACCACUACGGGCGCUACACCUGCAUCUCGGAGGAGAAUGGCUUCUCCCAAACCCUCGUGAAGGAAUGGCUGCUGACGCAGCCUGUGCCCUCCCAGACUUUGAGGCAGAGCAGCCAGGCUGUGGCCGCCUCCCCCUCCUUCUGGCUGGGCUUCCUGCAGAUGAUGGCUCUUGCCCUGCUGUUCCAGUGA